AUGAUUCGGGUGCUUCUUCUCCUCCUCUUUUCCGCCAUCCCUUUGCUUCCAUCCUCCUCCGGCCUUCCCUUGUGCGCCGACUCUCGUAAGUUAUCUUUUGUCCUUGAGCUCAUUUGCGCCAUAUGCUGUUGAGGGAUCCUCUGUUCUUAUCUUCGUUACCCUCUCCGGCCCCUUUGGAUGUUUGCUAACAGGGGCACCCAUCACCAUCAAUGCUUCCCUGCCCUUCUGCAACUACACUGGGAGAAGCUGCUGCAACGCCACCGACGAUGCCUCGUGGAGGAAGCAGUAUGAAUCCAUGAACAUCUCGGGCACCCCUUGCGAUUCAAUCGUCAAGUCCAUACUCUGUGCUGUAAGUAUCCUUCGACUUGUUCCUUGUUGUUUUCUCCGCACUCGAAACCUGGAAACCUAUCGAAUUGGGACACGAUCACGAAGAUGGAAACAUCCUUCUUUACCCCAUUUCGGUGAUACUAGCGGCCUUGGCAUGAAAUUGUGGGACAUAUCUAUAACCAGGUAGCAUGUCGGAUCCAACAUCCUAGAGUGAUGUGAAUUCUCCUGGACUGUUCCGAUCCAACAUCCUAUAACCGGGUAACUCUUUCUUCUUUCUCGCCACUUCCCCAAAGGAGGACAUGUACAAGCAGUGACCAUCAAAAUCGAUUCUUAGGGCAUGAGCCUUAAAGCAAGAAAACGUGUCGAUUCUGCGUUCCAGAUUUCUCAUUGGUAUCCACCACCUGUGAAAUAAUUUCCAAAGAGUUACUAAUAUCGCCAAACCAAUAAAUAGGUUAGACGCGGUUGUGGUCUCUGAACAUUUCUGGAGGAUACUUGGGAACUUCCAGUUUUGAUGAAAGUUCUCUGGUCAAUCACCCUUCGGGAUCCAAAUGCGGAGCACUACUCCCCAGAGAAAGAUCUUUAUCUUCAACCGAAGGGUUCUUCCCCGAGCGGUGCCGCUCUACGGAGCACUUCAUCCUCGAUUAAAGCUUUUUAUAAAUAAUCUAAUGGAGAUUCUGCCUCUACCGUUCGGCCUCUUUCUUCUAACGCCCUUUUUUUCUCCACUUUUCUAGUAACGUUUGAAUUCUGCUGUAUAAGCGUUUCACUUUGUUAAAGUGUUAUCCUUCUGUCAGAUAAUUUUUUCUGCAAUUUUUCUGAUGUUUGCAUCCAACGAUUUUCAGAAAUGUGAUCCAUUUGCUUCAAAGAUCUUUCCCAGCACAUCAAUUGUGCGAACUGUUCCUACGCUCUGUAACACUUCUGCUCCUGUAAGCUCCCUGUCGGUAGGUGCUUCAAAAGCCUUCUGUGAGCAGGUAUGGGACGCGUGCAAAGACGUAUCAAUAAAGAAUUCUCCAUUUGGAACUUCUGCUGUGCUUUCCGAGAAAUGGCAAUCAGAGAAGGACUUUUGUCAAGCGCUUGGAGGGUCAUAUGGUAAUGAUUCAGUGUGCUUUGAUGGGAAGCCUGUAUCAUUUAAUAAUACCCCGAGUUCGCCGGGUCCCGAGGGUGUGUGCCUUGAACGGCUCUGGGGCGAUCCCUUCAUCAAUAUAGUCCCCCAUCCCGAUGGGUCCAACCGUGUGUUCGUUUCUAAUCAAGAGGGUAAGAUAUUUCUGGCUACAGUGCCUGAACAAGGAUUUAAUGGAACACUAGGGAUAAACACAGAAAACCCUUUUUUGGACAUAAGUGGUUUGGUUCACUAUGACAGUGAAUUUGGACUUUUGGGAAUUGCAUUUCACCCAAACUUUGUGGCCAAUGGCCGUUUCUUUGUCUCUUACAAUUGUGACCGGACCCAGUCUACAAGCUGUUAUGGAAGGUGUUCAUGUAAUACAGAUGUGCAAUGCGUCCCUUCAAAUCUUGGGAGUGAAGGGACAUCUCAGCCUUGCCAAUACCAGAGUAUAAUCGCUGAAUACACUGCCAAUAGUUCCUCGUCCACACCAUCCAUGGUAUUCUCAAACCUUUGGCUGCCAAAGUGAAUAUUCAAGUCUCUUAUCAAAAAUGUGUUGCAUUUGUCAAAAAACGAUUUUGAUUGUGUCUUGUGUGAUAUCUCUUGCAGGCGGCCACUGCUAACCCAAAUGAAGUUCGAAGAAUUUUCUCUAUGGGUCUUCCAUUCACAUCUCAUCAUGCAGGUCAAAUCCUUUUUGGACCAACUGAUGGAUACUUAUACUUCAUGAUGGGGGACGGUGGUUCUAUUGGCGACCCUUGGAAUUUUGCACAAAAUAAGAAGUCAUUUCUUGGGAAGAUUUUGCGCCUUAAUGUGGAUGUGAUGCCAAGUGAGUAGUCUAGACUUUCUAGAUCAGACCGCCUAGUUUCUUCCAUCUUCUUCUUACGUUAAUUUCCUAAUGCUCCAAUUUUAGUUUACUGCUCUUUCAAAGUGAAUGUCACUGACAGAUUGUGAACUUGGUAGGGCACGGACACUAGAGGUUUUCGUUCUUCUGAUAUUAUUUUUUUGACCCUUGCUAACUGUGUAACAUUGUCUUUCAAAAAUGUUUUAGUUUCUCCCACUGUGUUCACAUCCAAUCCUGUCCGAGUUGUGCAGCCAGCUUGUAUCCUUUCAGGUUUCUCAAAAGCUCGAAUAUAUUGCAAGUUUCCCAAAACAUGCCGGAUGCUCCCAUUUUUUCUUGGUUGUACAGGCUGGGGAUGGCGGUUCAUGCUUAUUAAAUAUUCAAAUGAUCCUCCUUAAAAUUGAUAGAUCCAGAUUAAGCAUCUCCAUGAAAUUCUCCUCGAGCUCUAUUUCGGGGAUCCAUUUCGGAACUAAUGAUUAUUUUUCUUGUAAUGCAUUUUUUUUUUCUGAAGACUAAUUAUUGCUGGGUUCUUAUUUAUCUUUGCAUUUCCUUCUUUUAUAUAAACAUCUAGUUUAGUGUCUUAGUCAUUCCGGGACAUAUAAUUAAUCGUGACAUUGCAGCAUGAUUGUGGCAACUGUCCAUGUGUUUUUAGUUUUUAGUUUGAGCAGUUUAGAGUCAGCGGCAUGACCAGUUUUCUGGGUGUAGCUGAUAGCUGCACUGGAUUUGGGAAUGGUGGGUUUGUAGUUAACUUCGUCCCCAAGACUCUCUGAUCCAAUGUAAAUCAGAAAAUGAAAGGAAGAUGACUAACAUAAUAAUAAGAUCAGAGUUUAUUUUUAACUGGCCCAGAUCGAUAGUCAAUUGCACCUCCUGAACCCCCCCCAUCGCAAUACUAGAUGAAAUACAAGAAUUAACUGGGGAGCCUCUGAGAAUUUACGAUAAAUGCAUACUUGAAUAUUAGAAUAGAGAAACUUGAAAGGCAGUUUCUGAAGAUAAAAUGCCCAUAUAAAUUUUAAGAAGGAAACUGAGCCGAGAUGCAAAUACUUGGGCUAUUACAUUCCGGGUAGCUUUCUCCAAAGAUGGGUCCUGACUGAAUAUUCUAUUAACUGGAUGUGCUCGUUCAACAUACAGUACAGAGUGAUGUACAGCUGGUAUUGGGAACAAUUAAGUCUCAUUGGAGCUCAAAGAUCCGUCAGAGAACCGAGUGUUUGUUGGCACUUCAAGGUGUUCCCACAGCGGAACGACUUUCUCGGAAGAUCUUGGAUUGAAUCAUAACAAAACGAAGAUUUGGAUCUUUCUCUAUGUGCUGAAAUGACGUUGGGGAACAUAGUGAGCUUCUUUGAUUUCUACACUGGGAGAUGGGAAAGAGAGAUGUCAUUAGCUAUCUGAGUUAAGGCCUUUUAAGGGAGAGUAUCUACGUUAUCGUUAGGGAUGCUAGGGCUGCAUAUGAAGCAACUACUGAAUCAGGGAGAAACAUGGGCAUGCUGCUUCAGCACCUUUUAAGGUGUCAAGGUCGAUGAGUGUAGCUCUGUUGUGUAUGAUAGAAAACUUGAAUUUAGUCAUUGGGUCAAUUCAGUUUGAGGUGGUUGGAAUAUGAGCCUCCCUUGGAAUAAGAGCAAAGACGAGAAAUAAGAUAUAGAACCCUCUCCUUGGGUAACAGAACACAUCUCCCCCCCUUUUAAAACCCUUAAAAAACCAAGUCUGAAAGGGGUUGAUUUCCCCUUUCAAACUCCUUGGAUUAAGUUGGUAUUAGCUAGAAUCUUACAGGCGAGUAUGGGCGCUGCUCCAUGAUGGCAUGUUAUAUUAAGGCAGGACUAUCUUUGCCGCAUACUAUUCUGAUUACUGAAACCUUCUACUCAUCUGUGGUUAAACAUGUGUAACCUAAGAUUUAAUGAGCUAGUUUUAUUAGAUUCUUAGAAUUUCAUUGCCUGUUGAAACAUGCCCAUGUAGAUUAUAAGCAUCUCGCUGUGCCUCGAUGGCCCCGAAGUCUCUACUGUCCAUUAUCAUGAUGACAAUGGUUUGAGUUGUUGCAUCUUUUCAUGGCCAUCUCCAAAGACAAACAUAAUUUUUUUUAUUACUUGUAUGUUUGUGAUGUUUUUCUCCAAGUUUCUAAAUGUACACGGAUUAGGAAUUCCGUGGAGGUUGUUGUUUUGGCAGGCAAUUACUUAUUCCCUAAUGAAAUUACAUUGGUCAUGCUGCAUCUGUCUAAAAUUUGCAUUCUUAAUGUAGGUGGGAAAGAGAUGUCUGCCCUUGGCAGUUGGGGUAACUAUUCAAUUCCGAUAGACAACCCGUACCUUGCUUCCAAUGAGUCGCGGCCUGAGAUCUGGGCCCUGGGCUUUAGGAAUCCUUGGCGCUGCAGCUUCGAUUCACAAAGGCCUUCUUACUUCUUUUGUGGGGAUGUUGGGCAGGUCUGUGAAAAAUAUGCAUUUACUACUUCUUGAUCAUUUUUAUUACUUUCCAUUCUUGCAUUAUACAUGCUCGUGUCCUGUCUUGUCAUGAUUAAUGAGUAUUACCUUCAAGGCCGACAGAUGUCCAGAAAGUGUUGUUUAAAAUCUUUAGAAUUUGAUCAUGGGGGUCCUAAGUCAACCCCGGUUGCUGGAAAAGGACAUGUUUUAAAGAUGCAUCAUUAUGAGGUACAGUCAACCAUGGCCUUAAGAUCUGUUGUUCAGAGUUAGAAUAUCUAAUUAUCUUUCGCUAUAAAUUUCCAAACAUGAGCCUUGUAAUUUUCGCUAACCCAUUUUCCUGCGUUUAUAACUUGCAAAAUUGUUGGAGUUUACUUUUGUUCUCAGAAGAAUGAACCUUUUUCAUCGACUGAAACCCUUUUUAACUGUCAAUAAUAUCCACUGAAUAGUCGUUACCAAUGAGGAUUUAAAUGCCAAGAACCGGAAAAAUCUCCAUCCUCAAUGCUUCAUAAUCUUCUUUACCAUCUGAAAAUUUUGUGUCUUAUGCACCUAUGAUGGAUGGAUGGGUAAUACUGAAGCGCACACUCAAAUGAGUUAUCAGGGGAAAUAAUACGGUUCUAGUGCUUCUCUCUGGCUUCUCCGUCGUUUCCAGGCAUCUCUCUGUCCUUCCAUUGAAUACCCUCAUCAACCCUGUUCUCAUCAUGCCCUGCUGCUCAUGGUGUAUUCGGCAGAAUUCAUAUGAAGAGGUGGAUCUGGUUACCAAGGGAGGGAACUACGGUUGGCGCGUGUACGAGGGUCCAUAUCUCUAUAACCCGGGAUCCACCCCGGGGGGGAACACGACCCCAAGUUCGAUAAAUGCCCUGCUGCCUGUGAUGGGUUACAAACAUUCGGAGGUGAAUGCCAACACCGACUCUGCAUCGAUAACGGGAGGCUACGUCGACAGAUCCAUGACCGACCCCUGCUUGUACGGAAGGUAAGUUUUUGAGGUGUAGAUGCUUGAUACCCUAGUUGAUUCCCGUGGGUGGACACGUUCUUGAUCGCUUACAGUUCGCAUGGAAUUUUGCCAGGUACCUCUACGCAGAUCUGUAUGCGAAUUCGAUUUGGGUGGGCCUUGAAACCCCGACGAACAGUGGGAACUACACUACCACCUCGAUUCCAUUCAACUGCGCCGCCGACUCACCGAUCUCUUGUGCUUCCACGGACUCGAGCGGCCUUGCGUCGAUUGGGGUAAUCUUCUCGUUCGGCGAAGACAACGGGAAGGAUAUCUACGUGUUGGCCAAGAAUGGCUUGCACAGAGUCGUCCGCCCCAGUCGCUGUGGCUACAAGUGUCCCACGGAGAUCACCCCCAGAGUGGGGAAUUCCCCGUCGCCGCAGUCGUCGGCCUCUCCGGGGAGGGGCACCCCAGCGAUGGCGGCCGUUCUUGUCUGUCUCUCCCUGCUCCUGCUACUGGGUUUGUAA